AUGUCAACGUUAAUACCACCCCCCUCGAAAAAACAGAAAAAGCAGGCCCAACAACCCCGCGAAGUCGACGUUAUUCCCGAUGAUCUGCCGCAUGUUCUCGUGAAAUUUCAAGCCUUCGACACCGGAGAAACCGUCGGAGGAUCCCUCCGGGUCCCAGGUGCAACAACAGAGCAGCAGCUGGAGCAGCUGCUUAAUCAGCUGCAGGGCGAAUCUGAUGAACCAGUUCCGUACACUUUCGGCUGUCUUGUUGGCGGUGAAAAGGGCAAACCAGAAGAAACAGUGGAUAUCAAAGAUAGCAUAUACAGCUCACUGCUGAAACCUGGCCAUAAGACUACAGAAGACUUCCUCACAAUCGUUUUCACUCCGCGUGCAAUUUUUAAGGUCCGUCCUGUAACGAGAAGUUCGUCAGCCAUCGCCGGACACGGAGCAACGAUUUUAUGUUCUGCAUUUGCACCAAACACAAGCGCCCGCAUGGUUACCGGAUCCGGUGACAAUACCGCAAGAAUCUGGGACUGUAAUACUAGUACCCCCAUGUACACUUUGAAAGGUCACCACAACUGGGUUCUGUGUGUGGCGUGGUCGCCCGACGGUGAAUUGAUCGCAACUGGAUCCAUGGAUAACACUAUCAGACUUUGGGAAGGACAGAAAGGCGAAAGCUAUGGUGACGCUUUGAAGGGACACACCAAGUGGAUCACUUCGCUUACUUGGGAGCCAAUGCACCUCGUAAAGCCCGGAGACAAGCCCAGGUUGGCGUCUGCUUCCAAGGACGGAACCAUCAAGAUUUGGGACACGACAAGACGUGUGUGUCUUAUGACUCUAAGUGGACACACAAACUCUGUUUCGUGUGUCAAAUGGGGUGGUCGCAAUGUACUUUUUAGUGGAUCGCACGACAAGACCAUAAGAGCCUGGGACAUGAACGCCUCGGGCCAGUGCAUAAAUAUUAUGAAGUCACACGCGCAUUGGAUCAACCAUUUGUCACUCUCUACUGACUACGCGCUUCGAGUUGGUGCUUUUGACCAUACUGGUCAGAAACCUGUCUCUGCUGAAGAGGCUCAAAAGAAGGCAUUGCAGAACUAUGAGAAAAUCGCUAAGAAAGGCGGUCAGCUAGAAGAACUCAUGGUAACGGCCAGUGACGAUUUCACCAUGUACCUAUGGAAUCCAUUCAAAUCGACUAAGCCCAUCACCAGAAUGACCGGACAUCAGAAGCUCGUGAACCAUGUCGCAUUUUCUCCGGACGGCAGAUAUAUUGUUUCUGCCUCGUUCGACAACUCGAUCAAACUAUGGGACGGUAGAAAAGGUACUUUCGUUACCACGUUCCGUGGCCAUGUGGCCAGCGUGUAUCAGGUUGCCUGGUCGUCCGAUUGCAGGUUGCUGGUGUCUUGCUCCAAAGACACCACUCUAAAAGUAUGGGAUGUGAGAACCAAAAAGCUCUCUGUCGAUCUUCCUGGCCACAAUGACGAGGUCUACACCGUCGACUGGAGUGUUGACGGAAAGCGAGUCUGCAGCGCGGGGAAAGACAAAAUGGUGAGACUAUGGACUCAUUGA